AACAGAUAUUGUAUCAACUCAUGGACACAUUUAUUUGAAGAUUCAACCACAGAACAGAAUAAAUAAUAAAUAAUCAACGAACUAAUCUAUUCUGCGAUUUAACAGUUAAACAGGUACAUAAAUUUUACAUUUAAGACUUGUUGUUCGGGCUGUGUGCAAAAACGAACCAUGGGCAAGUCGUCGAAAGACAAACGCGAUAUUUACUAUCGGUUGGCCAAGGAACAAGGCUGGCGAGCCCGCAGUGCGUUCAAGCUGAUGCAAAUCGACGAGCAGUUCGACAUCUUCAACGGGGUAACGCGCGUGGUGGAUCUGUGCGCGGCCCCCGGCAGCUGGAGUCAAGUGUUGAGCAAAACGUUGUAUGCCAACAAGUCGGACAGCGAAAAGAAGGACGUCCAAAUCGUGGCGGUCGACCUGCAGUCGAUGGCGCCCUUGCCGGGUGUCGUCCAGCUCAAAGGCGACAUCACCAAAGAGAGCACGGCCAACGCCAUCCUAUCGCAGUUCGGCGACGAGCUCGUAGACCUGGUAGUUUUCGACGGAGCGCCCGACGUCACCGGCCUGCACGAUCUCGACGAGUACAUCCAAGCCCAACUGCUGUUGGCCGCCCUCAACAUAACCACGUACUUGCUAAAACCUCGGGGCACGUUUGUCGGCAAGAUAUUUCGCGGCAAAGACGUUUCCAUACUGAUCGCCCAGCUGGAGAUAUUCUUCGACGACGUGGCCAUAGCCAAGCCGUGCAGCUCGCGCAACUCGAGCAUAGAAUCGUUUGUCGUGUGCCGACAGUUCCGAUUGCCCAAAGGAUACACGCCGACCAUGGCCAAUCCACUGAUGACCAACGACUCUAGGACGUGGAGCGAAAUGGGCGUCCAUCCCGUAAUAACGCCGUUUGUGGCCUGUGGCAGUUUGAGUGGCUUCGACGCCGAUAAAACUUACGCUCUAGAAAUAGACGGCCUCGAGUAUACGCAUAGGGAUCCGGUUCAGGGUCCAAUUUCACCGCCGUAUGAAAAAUCAAAACCCUUAAUUACUACCAAAGGCAAAAGUGUUGUAGAAACACAAGAAGAAGCUACCGAAUCGAUGGAACGGCUACAGCUUCAAUGAUAACUUCGUAUUAUAAUCUGACUAUAUUUUUUAUAUUUGAUAUUGUAUGGUGUUUAUCGUGUACAGACUCUUGUAAAUAUAUAUAUAAAUAUAUUUAUAUUUGC